AGUCGCUUGUAAAUUUUUCGCGGCUUCACCGCUUCAAGUUCGCGGUCACCGGUAACGCUGUACUCCCAUAGCAUAUGCUCCCGCCAUUUUGAUUUCCUAACCCAAGUGACUGAACGCUUGUAUUUUAAUUUAAUUCAAUACAGCUAAAAGUGUUGACUAACAAAUGGAAUAAGUUUUUUUUGAGUAUAUUGAGUGAAAUUAUUUUACUCUUAGUAUAUUGUGUCAUCCUAAAUAGUAAGUUAUAAUGGAUGGCCCUAAUCGUGGAUUUCGCGGUGGAGGACGCGGUGGUCCACCGGGUCUUCGAGGCCGUGGAGGCUUUGACAUGCGUGGAAGGGGUGGUGGACCAGGAAUGCGAGGUCGCGGCGGUCCUAUGAGAGGUGGUGGUCCGCCACGUGGUGGACCGCGCGGAUUUCGAGGAGGACCUAUGCGUGGCGGCGAUAGAGGAGGCCGGUUUCCACCUGGUCCCCAAGGUCCAGGACCUCAUCCAGUACCAACAAUUGAAUCACGAGGUCCACCUCAAAGGGGAGGAUUUAAUAACAACCGAGGUGGUCCAGGAGGCAUGAGAGGUAGAGGUGGCAGGGGCAGAGGAGACUUUGGACCUCGCAAUGACAGAGGUGGACGAGGAAUGCCCAUGAGAGGGCGUGGAGGAAGAGGCGGCCACGGUCCACCACCAAGUGGGCUCCCUGGCGGUCCAGGUCCUGGACCUCAUGGACCGGCACUAUCUUCCGGGCCAAAUAUUCCACCACGAGCCGUUCCAGCUCCGCAUCCCGUAGGUGCACCUCAAGGUGGACCACCGUUUAAACGCGGCGGUGGACCUCUUCACGGUGGGCCUGGUGGUCCGCCAAAACGUGGAAGAUUUGAAGGACCACGAGGGUCCAACGGUGGUCGACCUCCACCAACUGGUGGCUAUCAGCAAGCAGCACCGUCACACAACACUCAAUCCUCCAAUGGCUACGGACCACCAUCGCAUACCGGGUAUCAGCCGUAUGAGCAGCCAGCGGUAGACCAAUAUGCCCCACAAUCAUAUAAUACUUCAAGUUCAUAUCAAAGCAACUAUUCUUCACAAGCACCAACUCAACCUAACUCAGGCUACAAUUCAAGUGGGUAUGGUUCUAAUUAUGGAUAUUCAACUGGUGGCCAAGGAUAUGAAAAUGAUGGGUAUGGCAAUAACCCUGGUGGCGGAGGCGAUGCAGGCUAUGGGCCAGCUGAGCCUGUAUAUGGAGGUCCUGCACCAGCAUAUGAUUCAUACUCCCAGCCCUCUUACAACACCUACCAACAAGCGCAACCACAAUAUAAUAACAACUAUGGCAGUUGGUGAUCUGUUUGACUAAGAAAAGUUUGAACAUCUAUAUGCAACUCUAAAUAUUAGUAGCUGGAUCGAUUAAUUGAAGAUUAUUUUGAAUUUGGAUCAAUUAUGGUUUAAUUUAUUUUGUCAUAAAUUAGGAGAAACUAAAAAGUUUUAAUGUUGAUAUAUUUAAAUAUUGACUCAAUAUAAUAUGAUAUGGCCAUUGUUACAAAUGACUUAAGUCAAAUUUUAUAAUGAACAUAUGAAUUACUGACUCUUUUUGGAAAAUACUGUUUUUAAGUCACAAUAUAAUUAAUGAGAUUAUUAAUAAUACAUUAUGUAUUAAAGCAAUUCAAAUUUGUAACCAAUGGUAUCAGUAGGUACCAUGUGUAGAAAUUAAGAAAAU